AUGACCUUAUCAAGUUCCACCCAAAUGCUAGAAGUUCAUACAGUUCCUCCUGAAUUUCUGAAGCGGCCUGCAAAUAUUUAUGCUCAUGAAUCUAUGGACAUUGUGUUUGAGUGUGAGGUGACUGGAAAACCUACUCCAACUGUGAAAUGGGUCAAGAAUGGAGACAUGGUGAUCCCAAGUGAUUAUUUCAAAAUUGUUAAAGAACAUAAUCUGCAAGUUUUGGGUCUGGUGAAAUCAGAUGAAGGAUUCUAUCAGUGCAUUGCAGAAAAUGAUGUUGGAAAUGCACAGGCUGGAGCUCAGCUGAUAAUACUUGACCUUGAUGUUGCCAUCCCAACAUUACCUCCCACUUCACUGACCAGUGCCACUAAUGACCAUCUAGCACCAGCUACAACAGGACCAUUGCCUUCAGCCCCGCGGGACGUUGUGGCCACCCUCGUCUCCACUCGCUUCAUCAGACUGACUUGGCGGACUCCUGUAUCAGACCCUCAAGGAGACAACCUCACCUAUUCAAUCUUCUACACCAAGGAAGGUAUAAACAGGGAACGCGUUGAAAAUACAACUCGUCCUGGAGAGACACAAGUGACAAUCCAAAACCUUAUGCCAGAAACAGUUUAUGUCUUUCGAGUUGUGGCUCAGAACAGGCAUGGCCCCGGAGAGAGCUCAGUACCGCUGAAGGUGGCAACUCAGCCUGAGGUUCAGCUUCCUGGUCCAGCACCCAAUAUCCGAGCGUAUGCCAGUUCACCCACCUCCGUUACUGUCACCUGGGAAACACCAUUGUCUGGCAAUGGAGAAAUUCAGAACUACAAGCUCUAUUACAUGGAGAAGGGACAGGACACUGAACAGGAUGUUGAUGUAGGAGGACUCUCCUACACCAUUAAUGGAUUAAAGAAAUACACAGAGUAUAGUUUCCGUGUGGUAGCCUACAAUAAACAUGGUCCUGGAGUCUCGACCCAAGAUGUUGUUGUACGAACGCUGUCCGAUGUCCCCAGUGCUCCACCACAGAAUCUGACACUGGAGGUACGGAAUUCCAAGAGCAUCAUGCUACACUGGCAGCCACCUCCUGCGGGGACACACAGCGGACAAAUCACUGGCUACAAAAUUCGCUACCGUAAAGUGUCCCGCAAGAGUGAUGUAACAGAGAGCAUUGGUGGGACCCAGCUUUUUCAGCUAAUUGAAGGUCUUGAACGAGGUACAGAAUACAGCUUCCGAGUUGCUGCCUUGACUGUUAAUGGUACUGGACCAGCUACCGACUGGAUAUCAGCAGAAACAUUUGAGAGUGAUCUAGAUGAAACUCGUGUUCCUGAAGUUCCAAGUUCCUUACAUGUCCGUCCGCUUGUCACCAGUAUUGUAGUAAGCUGGACUCCACCUGAAAACCAGAACAUCGUGGUGAGAGGCUAUGCUAUAGGGUAUGGCAUUGGCAGUCCUCAUGCGCAGACCAUCAAGGUGGACUAUAAACAGAGAUACUACACCAUUGAAAACUUAGACCCAAGCUCCCACUAUGUCAUAACUCUGAAAGCAUUUAACAACGUUGGUGAAGGAAUCCCUCUCUACGAGAGCGCAGUGACCAGGCCUCACUCAGACACUUCCGAGGUUGAUUUGUUUGUUAUUAAUGCUCCAUACACUCCAGUGCCAGAUCCAUCUCCCAUGAUGCCACCGGUGGGAGUUCAGGCAUCCAUUCUGAGUCAUGACACCAUACGGAUCACUUGGGCAGACAACUCUCUGCCAAAGAACCAGAAGAUCACAGAUGCUCGCUACUACACAGUUCGCUGGAAAACCAAUAUUCCUGCAAAUACAAAGUACAAGACUGCAAAUGCAACCACUUUGAGCUAUUUAGUGACCGGGUUAAAACCAAAUACCUUGUAUGAAUUCUCUGUGAUGGUGACUAAAGGUCGAAGAUCAAGUACUUGGAGUAUGACAGCACAUGGAACAACUUUUGAAUUAGUUCCUACUUCUCCUCCCAAAGACGUGACUGUGGUGAGCAAAGAGGGAAAACCUCGGACAAUAAUUGUUAACUGGCAGCCUCCAUCUGAAGCCAAUGGCAAAAUUACAGGGUACAUCAUUUACUACAGUACGGAUGUGAAUGCUGAAAUACAUGAUUGGGUUAUUGAACCCGUCGUGGGAAACAGACUGACCCAUCAGAUACAAGAACUGACCCUUGAUACACCGUAUUACUUCAAAAUUCAGGCCCGCAAUUCGAAGGGCAUGGGGCCUAUGUCUGAGGCAGUUCAGUUCAGAACCCCAAAAGCUGAAUCCUCAGAUAAAAUGCCUAAUGAUCAAGCUUCAGGAUCUGCAGGGAAAGGAAGCCGCCCAGUGGACAUAGGACCGGAUUACAAACCACCACUUGGUGGCAGUAACAGUCCCCAUGGAAGUCCUACUUCUCCCUUGGACAGCAACAUGCUCCUUGUAAUCAUAAUAUCUGUUGGAGUGAUCACCAUUGUGAUAGUGGUAAUAGUUGCUGUCUUCUGCACUCGUCGUACAACUUCUCACCAAAAAAAGAAACGAGCUGCCUGCAAAUCAGUUAAUGGCUCCCAUAAGUACAAAGGAAACUCCAAAGAUGUGAAGCCUCCUGACCUCUGGAUCCAUCAUGAAAGACUGGAGCUAAAACCCAUUGAUAAAUCUCCAGAUCCCAAUCCAAUCAUGACAGAUACCCCAAUCCCUCGCAACUCCCAGGAUAUCACCCCUGUUGAUAAUUCCAUGGACAGCAAUAUCCAUCAGCGCCGGAAUUCCUACAGAGGGCAUGAGUCAGAGGAUAGCAUGUCCACAUUGGCAGGAAGAAGGGGGAUGAGGCCCAAGAUGAUGAUGCCUUUUGAUUCUCAGCCACCUCAGCCUGUGAUUAGUGCUCAUCCCAUCCAUUCACUCGAUAACCCUCACCAUCAUUUCCACUCCGGCAGCCUCGCUUCUCCAACUCGCAGCUAUCUUCAUCACCAGGUCAACCCGUGGCCGAUUGGCACAUCCAUGUCCCAUUCAGACAGGGCCAAUUCCACAGAAUCUGUUCGAAACACACCUAGCACAGACACCAUGCCAGCUUCCUCGUCUCAGGCGUGUGCUGACCACCAGGAUCCUGAAAGCACCACAGGGUCUUAUCUGACUAACGCGCAAGAGGAAGAUUCGGCUCAGAACCUCCCUACAGCACAUGUCCGUCCUUCCCACCCGCUGAAGAGUUUUGCAGUGCCAGCAGUGCCACCAGCUGGUUCCACGUAUGACCCUGCAUUGCCAAGCACACCGUUACUGACUCAGCAAGCUCCUAAUCAUCCAGUUCACUCAGUGAAGACUGCAUCAAUUGGGACCUUAGGAAGAACUCGACCUCCUAUGCCAGUGGUAGUUCCCAGUGCCCCUGACGUUCAGGAGACCACCAGGAUGCUUGAGGACUCGGAAGGCAAUUAUGAACCGGAUGAGCUGACCAAAGAGAUGGCCCACCUGGAAGGACUUAUGAAGGACCUUAAUGCCAUCACUACAGCAUGACCACCUUCACCAGGACAUGACUCCAAACAGUUUCACAAGUCUUGGGACUCAGCCUUGGAACACAAGGAAUUGUACAGAGAAGAAAGAAAAAAAGAAAAAAAAAAAAAAAAAAAGAGAGAGAAAACAGAAAGAGGGACAGCACAUGAGAGCAUACACAGAAAGCAAAUGAACCAACAGGUGCAUUUGUGCUACAGCUGGUCAAAAAGAGGUGACCUUUCUUGUCAUCAUCCUGCAAUGAAGUCAUUGCCAAGUUGAAUUCCAUUUACCUGCUGAGACCAUGCAGGAUGGGACGCAUCAGGCUGAAAUCUAGCAUCCAGACAAAAGGGAAAAAAGUGGACUUCACGUUUGUUUCUUUUUUUUCCUGGUCAGGUUUUGUCUCAGUGGUGUGAUUGCCCUGCCUUUUCAGUGUUGGACAUUCGCAUUUAUGUACAAUUUUAUUUGUGUUUUUAUUUUAUCUUUUUUUAUAAAAAGGAA